AUGGACAACGGCAACAACACGUCGCCAAUGGACAACGGCAACAACACGUCGCUGGGCGGCAUGCUCUCGCAGCUGCGACUCGUGGCUGCCGUUGAGGCAACACGGGCGGCAGAACAGGUGAUUCUUCCAAGAGACUUUAUCCUGACCAUUCCGCAUCCAGACAACUCUUCUCGCCCGUCCCCAACCUACAGCGCGACCCCGUUCUCCUCACAGCAUUCCGUUAAAGUCACCAUUCGGUUGUUGUCCGUUGGCCACGUGGACAUCCGCCCUGCAUACCACUCCACCUGUGAGAUUUGGCCACGUGGAUAUCAUGCAGUGUGGGAGGACCCGUUAGGGGGGCUGUGCCAUAGCGAGGUGGUGCAGGGGGGGAGCGAGGGCGAGGGCGAGGGCGAGGGCGAGGGGCGUGGGCACGGGGUGGGGGGGGUUGGGAAGGAGGGCGGGAGUGAGGGGCCGGUUUUUCGAGUCUGGAGGGAGGAUGCACGGAAGGGAGGCAGGGAGGAGGGAUGGGGGAUGGAGAGGCGGGAGAGGGCAAUGGGUGGGGAAGAGGGGGAGAAUGAGAGUGAGGGAGGGGAGGGCGCUAUGGAGGAGGACGUGCAAGCGCUGCUGUGGGAUGGGAGGAAUGCGGCAGAGGUGGGGGGGUGGUGGGCAGGGGGUGUCUUAUUGGCGGAGGGAGCGCAUGGGCGGAAGGUGGAUGGGGGGGAAGGAGAGGGGGGGAUGGGCGGGGAGAGUGUGAGGAGAGCUGAUAUGGAGGGAGGAGGGGCUAGCAUUGACACACGCUCCAACUCUGAAUGUAAGGUUCGGAUGGUGUGUGAAGGGCAAACGAGUCAGCAGGCUUGGGAGAGGUUCGGAAGGGAGUGGUGGGAGCAGCUAGGUCCGUCAUGGAUGGAGCGGGCUGGGCAGAGCAGGGCGGAGGCGAGGGGGAAGAGUGGAGGGAAGAGUGCAAGGCAGGGAGGAGGCGAGGUGGAGGAUGGAGAGAGUGGUUCCCAUGUGGGCGUUGGGGGCGUGCAUGAAAGGGAGCAAGGGGAGGGAGUGGGAGCAGAGUAUGCAGGGUGGGAGGUGGAGCGGGUGCGCGAGCUGCUGCUGCUGGACAAGUACGCGCUCACCCACCCGCCCGUGCUGGCCCUGAUAGAGGGGCAGAGCGGUGCAGAGCGCUCACUGCGGGCCUCUCGUCUCUGCUGCGUCUGUUCUGACUUGUAUGCAGCAGGAUUGACUCCGUCCUCUGCCUGGAAUCGCCUCUCAUUCGUCCCUUCCCUGUGCGCAUCGUGCCUUAACUCACCCCUCUACCUCUUUUCCAACUCUUCCCCCUCUCCAUCGCCCUACCGCCUGCCCGUCCACCACCUGCAGGUGCACCACGUGCUGCACUCCUUCCUGCCCUGCCUACCGCCGCCUUCCCCCCAUUCCCCCCCCCUGCCCGCGCUCUCCCUCCCCACCCUCGCCCACCACCUCGCCUGCCCGUCCACCCAUCCGCCUGCAGCACGCGCAGGGGCGUCAGCUGGUGCAGCGAGUGCAGGCAGCGCUCUCACUGCUGCCGUGCGUGAGCCAUCGCUCCUGCUGGCCCACCUGCACAUGGCGCUGCUGCACCUGCUGCUGCCCGCCGCCAUGUUUGCGGUGGCGGCACGCGAGGUGAUCGGCGGGCGGGAGAGGGAGGUCAGAGGGAAGGAGAGGGAAGCAGCCGAAACCGAAGCGAGAGUUGGUGUUGUGAGCGGUGGUAACGGUGCUACCUCUGCUACCUCUCCUCCUGCUUCCCUGACAGGCGAGGUCAUGGGCUUGAGUGCUGCUGGUGUGAGUGAUGCCAGCUCCGACCUGCUGAUGUGUCCCAUUGAUGAGCUGACGUGGCCUGAGGUGGCAUGCAGAGUGCUUACUGUGAGCACUGUAUUGCUGCAGGAAGAGAGAAAAGAGCGGAGGGCGCAUGGAGGGGAUGAAAGAGAUGGGAGGCGAGGGACAAGGGGAGGGGGGAGGCGAGGGAGAGGGGCAAGCAAGGGGGGCAAAGCGCAUGGGGAGGAGGAGGUGGGCCGAGGCAGUGGCAGGGAUGACGGGAGGCGAGGGGUGGGGGGAGCAGGGGGCCAGGGAGGGGUGUGCGGGCGCAGCCCGUGGGAGCAGGGGCGGCUGACGCGGUGCAUCGCUGGCGAUGGCGGGCCGCUGCUGGGGCACUGGCUGGGCACUCCUGGUGCCAUGCAGGAUGCUGCUGCCCUGGCAGCAGCGGAGAAGCAGCUUGCGCUGGUGGCCGCGUCCCAGCUGCACGCCACUGCUGCCUCCACUGCUGCUGCCGCCUCUGCUGCGCCUGGAGGCGUGGCGGCAGGAGGGCUUGUCAUUGCCUCAGGCAAGGGCAAAGGGGGGAAGGGGACGGCUGCAGGAGCAGCGGGUGAAGAUCAGGGAGGGAAGGAGGCAGCGGCGGCGGCAGCGGCCGAGGAGAGUGAGAGCAGUGCGAGCCGUGCUGCGAGUGGCGCUGUGCUGCAGGCGCUAGCGGUGGUGAAGGAGGAGUCGGGCAGCGACGCUGCCAGCGCUGCUCACGGUGCUGCUGGGGGUCUCGCUAGCGGCGCUGCUCGUGGGGAGCGGGCAGCAGCAGGGCAGGGCGCAGGCCGUGCGGGGGAGGUGGCAGCUGGCGCCCGUGCAUCGCCCCCCCAGUGGGUGCUGCUGCUGGAGCCCAUCCGCAAGAUGCAGACCAACGUCGGCGCGCGCAUCCGCAACUGCAUCCGCGCCGCCCUCGACUGCCACGUGGCGCCGCCCGAUUGGGCGGUGGAGCGGCUGCAGUGGGCAAUCAGCAAGGAGGUGUACAAGGGGAACGCGUCAGGGCCCACUAAGCGAGCGGCCAUCGAGGUGAUGGACAAAUUCCUCGCACACCAGCCCUCCGCUGCCGCUGCCGCUGCCGCUGCCGCUGCCGCUGCCGCUGCUGCUGCUGCUGCUGCUGCUGCUGCUGCUGCUGCUGCCGCCCCGCCCGCUGCCCCCCCAUCUCCUUCCACUCGUGCCACUGCUGCUGCGUGGAGUGCGCCCAAGGUGGAGAGAGAUGCAGGAGGAGGAGCAAUAAGGGGGGAUGGUGCUGCUGACAGCAAGGGCAGGGCGAGAGAGAAGGAUGGUGGGACGGCUGUGGGGAGAGGUGGGGCAGAGAGUGGCGAUGAUGGGGCCUCCCGACCACAUGGCAAGUGCCACACAGGGAAGGGAGGCGGGAGUCAGCCCGCUGCUGCAAAACUAGCACCAGACUCGGGGGCGGCAGCAGGGCUGGCAGGGCGCAGCGGCAUGGGGGGGGGAGCAGCGGCGCCUGUGGGCCCUUUACUGUCCCCGCUGAUGCAGCAGUGCCGCGCGGUGCUGUGGCAGCUGGCCCUCGCCGACCACCUGCGCGCCUUCACCUACUUCUGGGGCGUGGGGCCCGUGGGGCACGCGGGCGAGGGGGGGCACGAUGCAGGAGGGGAAUGGGCAGGGGGGGCAGGGGAGGGCAGAGGGAGGGUGGGCAGCAGUGCAGGGCAUGUGGGCAACGAGGCGGGGGCUGGGAAGGGCGUGAGAGGGGUGGUGGGGAAGGGGUUGGCAGCGGCACAGCACGAGCAUGGGGGGGCGCGGGUGGCGCUCACAGGGGCCGUGAACAUGAGAGCGAGUGACGGCACACGAGGGGCAGCCCUGGCAGAGGCGACGGUGGGGGGUGCAGUGGGGUGGGAAGUGCGAAGGGCGGGGUGGGCGCCGCGGCAUGCAGUGGCGCGGCCCGUUGACCUGCGCAGCAUCGAUGCGCGCGUGGUGAUGGGCGCCUAUGGCCAGUCGGCGGAGGGCUUCAUUGCUGACGUCAAACAGAUGUGGAUGAACGUGCGGGUGGGCUACAAGAAGCCGCACCCCAUCUUCCUCUCCAUGCUGCACCUCGCGCCGCUCUUCGACAAGCUGCUCGCCUCCCAGGUCGGCUGCUCGCCUCCCAGCCAUUCCCUCCUUCAAUGCUCCUACACCCCCCAAUCACUGCGCACUCAACUCCUCACCGCUUCACACCCGUCCCCUUUCCGACCUCCCCGCCUCUGCCCGGCACCCAUGGCCCCAUCAUCUCCCGCGCAGGGUCUGUUCGCCACGGCUCCCAUGCUGCCCCCGCGCCUGCCAACGCCCGGACCAGACAAGGCCGGGGGAAGGGGGCGGGAGGAUGGGGCAGAGGGGGAGGGAGCAGUGGGGGUGGCGCCGUGGGAGCGGGAGGGGUGCCUGGUGUGCGGGGUGGACGUGGACGAGCGCGCCGUGCUGCUGUGCGACGGCUGCGACCGCGAGUUCCACCUCUACUGCCUCGUGCCGCCCCUCGCCCGCGUGCCCCGCGGCAACUGGUACUGCCCUCUCUGCGUGCAGGGGGGCAAGGGGGAGGUGGGGAGAGAGGACGGUCAGGGCGAGGACGGUCAGGGCGAGGAUAAUACGGAAGAGGAGGAAGAAGAGGAGGCAGAGGAAGAGAGCGGGGAGGAGAGUGAUGGGAGGAGUGAGGAGGAGAGUGAUGGGGAGUGGCAGGAGGUGGUGGCAGACGGGGGGACAGGGCGCAUGCAGCUGUGGUGCUCCAGUGCUGGGCUGGCACGGGUGAGAGGCGUGCAGGGAGAGAAGCAGGACGCUGGUGGAGCUGUGGUGUUCGUCGGAUCGGAUGAGAUCGGACGGCUGUUCUUUGUCGUUACUAUGAGCAGUGAUGGAAGCGCAGGUCAUGAAUUUGCCGCUGCCAACGAUGCUGGUGCUGCCAACGAUGCUGGUGCUGCCAACGAUGCUGGUGCUGCCAACGAUGCUGGUGCUGCCAACGAUGCUGGUGCUGCAGCAUGCAGAGGGGGAGCAGCAGCAGCGAUGCUGGUGUGGUGGCCUCAUGGGGCCCGUGCCUCCGCCCCCACGCACGCGCCCCUCCCCGAACCGCCUUCAUGUGCCUCAUCUCGCCACUCCCACCCCCCUCACCGCCUGUGGCCUGCAUGCAGGGGGGCGUGCCGCCACGCUGCGUGCUCCCGCCGUGUGCCUCUGGGGGCCGCCCUGCUCGCCUCUGCCAGCGCUGCUGCUGGUGGCGGGGUUGGAGUGGGUGAGCGGGUUGGGGAAGAGGGCGAGCAGGGGGAGUGGCGCUGGUAUGUGUGGCGGGGUCGUGUACUUCUCAACAGCAGUGCUGCCACGGGGAAAGGAAGGGACACGCAGGGUCAAACAGCGGUUGCGUCUGCCUAUGCUGCUGCUGAUGUGGAUGCUCUCCUUUCAUCAUUGGCUGCAGCAGCAACACCUGGCAGCCAGCUGGCACGGGUUUACAGCCGGGUGCAGCAGGUGCUCCAUGAGCAGUGCGGGCGUGUGGUUGAAGCAGCAUGUGAGCAGCAGCCCGGCAGGCCCGUGCAUGCACAAGAGCCACCUCCUGCACAUUCCUCCCUCUCCCCCUCGUCCCUGGCACCCCUGCACUCCCUCCCACGCCACACUUUUGAAGCACCCACCAAGUCACCCACUAAGCCACCGUCCGAGCCGCUCACCGCCCCAUGCACCCUCCGCCCCCUGCGAGCUAUGGCCUUUCUGGAAGAACGGUUCGGAGCGGUGGAGAUGGAUGGGGAGGAGGAGCAAGAUGCAGGGACUGUGUUCGAUCCCCCCAGCACUACUGACCUGCCACCUGCUGACGUGGCAGCUCAUGCAGCUGCAAGGCAUCACUGUGAUGAUGGCAUCUUUCCACCUGGCGCACUCAAGCUGUGCGACAUCGUGGUCACUCCACCAGCUGCCACGUCAACAGCUGCCACGUCACCAUUCCCGGAAGUAGCAACAGCCCCAGGUGUGGCGGGCGGCGGUUGUGUGGGGCAGGCAGUGGUGGGCAGGAGCAUGGCGAUGCUGGGUGAUGGCAUGAGGGUGGUGGGCGGUGAGCAGGGCGAGGGGGCGUGCCGCACAGCGGGGCAGGGGCACGUGGUGGCACACAAGAGGCAACUACGGGCCGAGGGGGGCGGCGAAGAGGAGCUGCUGAGCGGCUGCCAGCUGCUGGAGAGCCGCGUGGGGAAGAGGCGGAAGAAUGGCGAGGACAGAGGGAGGGGGACGAGUGGAAAGGCGGGAGGGGGAGGGGAGGCUAUCGAGGGUGGAGAGGGGGGGAGGAGGGGGGAGCACGCAGCAGUGGUGGGAGAAGACAGGGGAGGUGUGGUAGUGGCAGAUGGCAGUGCUGCUGCUGCCUCUGCCGCACUGGCUUCGCCUGCACUCAUUCACUCCGUGCCUGCUGCUGCCCUGCCUGCCACUGCUGGUGCACGUGAUGUUCGUGGUUUCACCGGUGCUGCCAAUGCCAUGACCACAGGUGGCAAUAUGGAGAAGGGCGGUAAUGCGGGCAGUGGGGGCAGUGGGGGCAGUGGGGGCAGUGGGGGCAGUGGGGGUGCAUGGCAGUGGAGUGGCAGCAGUGGCGUGGAGGAGUGGGAGGCACUGUGUGGCGGGCUGCCGCCCCUGCAGCCCCUCCCAGAGGACGUCUCGCCUCCACCUGCCACUGCUCCACCCACUCUCGCUGUGCCGCCUGGCACCGACGUGGAUGUGUGGGCUGCACGCAUGGAGGGCACAGGCAUGGAGGGGACGGGCAUGGAGGGGACGGGCAUGGAUGGUGUGUGUGUGGAUACACCCGGUGCCAUGGCUGGGGAUGUGACCUCCCCCAUGCCGCACCCUGCCUGGGCCAGCCCCUGGGACCACGUGCCACUCACACCCCAUGCCACCACCACACCUGACGUCAGCAGCAGCAGCUCCCGCGCUCUCAGCACCUCUCCACCGCACCCAACCGCUCUCCUCAUCCGCAACGUGUCCCUCAGCCAGCAGGCAUCCACCAUCCUGCCUUCCCCGCCUGUGACCGCACCACCCCGUUUUCAAGUGCCCUCGCUGCCCUUGCCUGCCCUCGUUGCCCCAGGCCAUCUGGGAGCCGUGGGUGGGGGAGGGGGUGUGGCUGUGAGUGUAGGCGAGGAGGGGAGCUGUGGCGGGGCAGAGGGCGAGUGGGAGGAGGCGGUGGUGGCGGGGUUGAAGUGCGAGCUGCUGGACGUGGAGGCGGCGGCGGGCGUGGAGGCCAUGGACGGCCCAAGAGGCCGCUCAGGCAGGCGCCGUGUAUGGCGGGCCAUGGUCAAGCAAGCUCACGCCACGCACUGGCGCACCCUGCUGCACGCCUGCAUCCUGCUGGAGCUCGCCAUACGAGCCGACCGCCUCGCCCUCGGCUGGCGCUUCUGGUGCUCUCCGGCCGCCGCCGCCUCGUGCUCCACGUUGGCAGCGCUGGCUCUGCGCGUGCGCGCCCUGGACCGCGCCAUCCUCUACUUCAAGGACCCCCUCCGCCCCGCCGCUGCCUCACGCGCCCCGCCCCGCGCCCACGGUGGUGGGGGCGAGGGCAAGGGAGCAGGGGCGGUGGUGGUGGAGAGUAAGAGGGGUGCGGCGGUGGCGGAGGUGGUGGAGGCAGAGGAGGCGGAUGUGGUGGAGGUGUCGGCUGCGAGUGGCGAAGGGGAGGGCGGUAGUGGCAGUGUGGAGUUUGACAUGUUUGACGAGGAGACGGGCGCCGCAGCAGAGGUUCUCGAGAUGCUCAAGGCGCUGGGCUGA